UGACAUUCCUCAGUCAUAUGUCAAACUUAAUCCGUAAUCUUAUGCAUCAUUAAAUUGGAAUUAAUCGAGAAUAAACAACCAAACUCCAAAUCCAAACGUUUUUCGAGUGUGAACAUUGUAAAGGUGCAUCGCAGAACAGUUAUGUUGGGGUUGUGAUUAAAGUUUUAAUAAAUACAAACAGGAUGAUUGUUCAAGAGCCAGUUCAGGCUGCCAUUUGGCAUUGUCUGAACCACUAUGACUAUUCAGAUGCUAUAUUUCUCUCUGAAAGGCUUUAUGCUGAAGUUAAAACAGACGAGAGUUUGUUCUUGUUAGCCACAUCAUACUACAGAAAUGGUCAAAAAGACCAUGCAUACCACACACUAAAAGACAGAAGAGGAAAUUCAUCACAGUGCCGGUUCCUAUUCAGCUCCUGUGCCUAUGAACUGGAAAAAUAUUCAGAAGCUGAAAAUGCGCUACUCGAAAACAAUGCUUCUGGCUGUUUAGAUGAUGUGGCUAUUGAAUUUGGUGAACAGGCCUGCUUUGUGUAUCUAUUGUUGGGAAAAAUUGCCUCAAAAACUGAAAGAAAAGGAAGAGCAAUUGAAGCUUGGAAAAAGGCACUUAAAAUUAACCCCUUCCUGUGGUCAUGCUUUGAACAACUGUGUAAUAUAGGUCAUAAACCAAAUCCAGAGGCCACAUUUCAGAUCAAAGAACUGGACAAUAUGUCAAUGUGCCAUGGUAGCAAUAUAAAUAAUAUAGAAAGUGUGAUAAUAGCAAAUACAACACCAAGUCAGGAGAUUUCCGACGUUUACUUCACAACUCCCCAGCAGAUACUCACCAACUUCAAUCUUAACAUGAAUACAAACACCAAUUCUAAAAUGUGCACUCCAGAAGAGAGUCCUUUGGCCAAUCCCCUAACUUUAUCUGGCGUUGCACCUAUGCCAAUAAGCAGAUACAAGUCCAUUAGAGUUAGAAAGGAACUCUAUUUGAGUCCGCAACCGAGUUUCGGACAACUCUUUGAAAACUGCGACACAUCAGCUGAAGAAUCGAACUCUCCAAAUUUGAUCUCUCUCCAGACACUAACUGAAUCAAACAACCAUCACACGUCGUCGCUGGCGAAACGAAUGAGGGCACAAGUCGAUAAUUUAAUAGGGCGCAAGGAUUCGCUGUUCCAGAAGCCGGCCGUGUUCAGUCACCAGUCCACGAACGUGAACAAAACUCCCACAAUUUCGUUAGCGGUUCAACCCGGACAACACGUGCGGCGGAGUUCAAGAUUGUUCAGCAACAAUUAUUCAGUAAAAGAGAACAACAAGUCUCCGAACAGGAACAAGUUCGCGACACCUAAGUCACCAACCCGUAAAACAAAACAGAGGAUAACCAAAUGUAAUUUGAACAAGAAUCCCUCAUACACUGAACUGAAUACAAGGAACAAGAUCGAGAAGGAGAAAAGCGAGACCAUCACGUCGGCUGAAACCAAAACGGAGAAGAGUGCAAUAAAUAACAGUACGGAAAACUGCAUCCAACAAGCUAUGAUCAUACAAAAGCAAAGCGCUGAAGGGUUGAUGUGCCUGUUAAGACUGAUAGGAAAAGCCUACGUUCACUUAUCCAACUUCGAUUGCGAGGAGGCUAUAGAAACAUUAAACAGCUUACCACAGAACCAGCAUAACACUUCCUGGGUACUUUGUCUGUUGGGACUCGCCUAUUUCGAACAAACCAAGUACGAGGUGGCCGUUAAGUAUUUCAGUGCGGUACAUAGUCGUGAACCGUACCGACUCGACUGUAUGGACGUAUACUCGACAUGUUUGUGGCACCUGCAAAAGGAGGUAGCUCUCUCAGCUUUAGCUCAAGAAUUGUUAACCAUAGACAAGAACAAUCCAGUAACAUGGUGCGUCAGCGGCAACUGCUUCUCGCUCCACAAGGAACACGACACUGCCAUCAAGUUCUUUCAGCGUGCCGUUCAGGUAGAUCCGAACUUCCCGUAUGCUUACACUCUGUUAGGUCACGAGUACAUCACCACAGAGGAGCUCGACAAGGCGAUGAGUUGUUUCAGGAACGCGGUAAGAUUGGAUCCGAGACAUUACAACGCGUGGUUCGGCAUCGGAACCAUCUAUUCAAAACAGGAACGGUUCCAUUUGGCCGAGAUGAAUUUUUCGCGUGCCUUCAAAAUCAACUCGCGCAGUCCCGUCAUACUUUGCCACAUCGGCGUCGUGCAGCAUGCGAUGAAGGAGACUGAGAAAGCUUUAAGUACGUUCAAUUUGGCCCUGGCCAAUCAUCCGACGUCGCCGCUAUGUAAGUUCCACAGAGCGUCCAUCUAUCACUCGCUCGGUAGACACUCUGAGGCGCUCCAGGAGCUGGAAGAACUGAAACAGCUAAUACCAAAAGAAUCGCUAGUUUAUUAUCUCAUAGGGAAGGUCCACAAGAAGCUGGGCAACACGGACCUGGCCCUGAUGCAUUUCAGUUGGGCGACGGACUUGGAUCCGAAGGGGGCAAGCAGUCAGAUUAAGGAGGCGUUCGAUCCGUCGAUCGGGAGGAGUGCCACCGAAGCAGAUUCGCCCGAAUCGCCGACGCCCACUGAUGAUUUUAACAAUGAGAGCCUCAAUUCUAUACAAGUUAUUCGCCCGUCGAACUUCGACGUACCAGGAGAUAGCGACGAUAGUGUCUUUUAGAUAAUAAAUUUUUAAGUAACAGUACAAUCUUUGAAAUUUAAAUAAGCAGAAAUAAGUUAGAAUUAUGAAUGUCGAUUUUAUUGAUCCAUAAUAAUUUUAGUAGCAUGUAGACUAUUGGAAUUAUAUUAUAAAUAAAAAAGUACAGUAUUUAAUAUUAUAUUCUAAAAUAAAUGUGUUUUAAUGUAAGUUACAUGCGCGCAACAGUUUCAAAGAUUGUCAUUAAUUUUGAACGUUUGUUUACGUUGUGUUUAGAGAUUAGCUGUUCUUUUUAUCAGGGAGUUUUUUAAAUGACAAUAACAGUGUUUUAAACUGUAAUUUCAAGUCGCCGUUUCUGCUUAUCUAAUUACUGAUCGUAACUAUUAAGUUGCACUUAAAGUAUAUUAUGAAAUCUAGUAAAUGUGUUCGUAAGUUUAAGAUCUAUAGAUGUCAGUAACUGGCACGUAUAUUUAAAGUGAUUUUUUAUGUAUUUAUUUUUGUUAUUAUGUAAAUUUAUUUAAGAUGUAGUCCUGAUUUUAAUUUCCUAUACAGACUGGUUAUCAUGUGUUUUAAUUAGAAAAUAUAUUUUUUUGUAUGGAGUUGGCCCUAUGCGAGGAUUGAAGGAAAAUAUGCGUAUCCCGAUUUUAGGGCUAUUUUAUAUACAUAUUAUUUAAUAAUUAUUCAGUUAUGUUUUGUGUUUGAUUUUUGUGUAAAUAAAAUAUUUAUGGUAUAGGA